AAGGUCUAAUAUGGGAGAGAAAAUCUUUGGGCAAAAGGGGUUUUAGAGUUUUGAAGAUCAAUGAAGAGACAGAACAGUUUCUUAUCAUCGUCUUCUCAAAUCGAAAUUUCUUCCGAUAACCUCCGCCGCUCCAAAUCCUUCGGCUGCGUUUCCGGCCUCCUCCAUUUCCUCUCCAACAACCAGAGCCGCCGCAACAAAUCCAUCACAUUCGUACACAACAAUAAUCAAGAACUUCACGAUGCAAUUUCCGAGACGAAAUCGUCUCCAAUCCGCAUUGUUCCUCAAAAUGCCUCAUCCGAUUCGC